AUGGAAACAGGAGCCACAGUGGAUGUUCCUACACAAACGAUAUUUCUUAGCAGCCUCAGUGCGGAAUUAUUAAAUAUUAUAUUUAAACAGUUGAGAGCCAUUGACUCCCGGACGCUAGCUGAUGCUCGCCGGUUAUCUAGACGGCUCGAAACGAUCAUUACGCCCAUACAUUAUGAAACUAUACAACUUAGCGAGCAUAUAAUAGACCCCCUCGCCGAGACAUAUUUCCCUGGCUAUUUUAGAAAUAUUUAUUUAUUUACUAGACACGUAGAAUCAAGGAGCAAUCUUGACGCGAGAAGCACUAGGCGGGUGUUGGACAGAGUACAAAGGCUCUCGUCUUUGAGAUGGCGUUACGUUGAAAAUCAAUCUCUUACAGGCUCAGGCCUUCCUUUCUCGACGCCGUCCGAUAUAUUGAGCCCGUACCACAUCAAGGUUAACAGAACCAAGAUAUAUGUUGAAGACCUGCCUCUAAAGGACUCUUAUAGUGACUUAUACAGCACUUAUACCCAACAUAUCCCCGCGAGUAAUCUUAUUUCUCUAAGGAUGCAGAGUCCUACUCUCACGAGAACCAUCGACUCGUUAAAACGAUUCCUCGUCCAGGCUCAAUGCACACAAAAUCUCAACUAUAACGGCCGUGGUCAAGGUACAAGCUUUGAAUUCAAUGGAAAUGAACGCUUGCCGCCUUUUAAAGGGAUAUUACUUCAGUCGUACGACUGGAACCACAGCGCUGAUGAGGUCCGAAGGCAUUGGAAUUUCUCGCGGAUAGAGCAUUUAACUCUUAUCGACGUGCCCCUAUUCAAAUUCCUUACUUCGGUGCCCAUUGCGGAACUCAACAACCUCCAGACACUCCACUGCGAAGACUUCACUACACAUACCUUAUACCAACGUGAAGACGUGACGAGGAUUCUACACGUACUGAUAGGCCGUAUCGAGGCUCUUCAAAAUAUUAAGUUAAUGUGUAAUACGGAAUUAUUUCCAAUAGAUUCGCUACUUUGCCAUGCUAAUUCGCUCGAGGCUCUGAGCUUCCUGGACUACACCGGUUUUAGCGACGAGACACAACGGUAUCCCACGAUGCGGGUAGAAGAUCUUACUCAACUCUCCCACGCACUAGUCAAUCUCAAUUACCUCGAGCUGGGCAUGGACGUAACCAUGUGCGACCCUGACCGAUUCCUAGAGGCGCUCUGCAAUUUCCCUCGACUCCGCGCCCUCAACUUGAACACGCAGACGGUUUGGCGCACUCACCACACGGUACGUAAUAACGAAGAUCUGGACUGCAACGCCGCGGUAGCGACGCUAGAAGCUUUGAUUCGCGAUAAGCGAGGGAGUCCGUGGCGGCACAUCACGAUCAACGUCGGUGGGUGGAAGCCGGUUAUGGUGCGCCGGUUGGGCGCAGCGUGGCGCGAUAAGAAUCUCCAGGGGAUAUAUGCCGAGAGGUGUUUCCGUAUGGAUAGGGAUGAGGAGACGGGAGAAUAUACGUUUAGGGAGGAGAAAGGCAAGGAUAAUACUUCUGUCUAG